UUUCUGAGGAGAACUAAAGGCGGUUCCCAAAGGGCCGCCGUGGAGCGAGGUAAGGCCCUGUCCCGCAGCGAGCAGCGCUUUGGGGCUCAGUCCUGGCGGGUGGCGGCAUUCCCGGCCGGUCAUCCCACGGGAUCCAAAUGAAGGCCAGUAAAGGAGAGGGGUGAAUCCCUGUUCCAUAGAGGCUCAGUUCUUUGAGGACAAAUCCUGCUGGGUGGUGGCAUUAAUCGCUGGCUAUCCCACUGUAUCCAAAGUUAAAGCCAAUAAUGAGGUUUUUGCGAGGCUUUUGGAGGAGCUCCAAGCCUCUUCCUAAUACAGCUCUAUUUUCCCCCGGCGUUAUUAACUUUUCCCUAUGUUUUUCCCAUGUUUUUCUCACGUUCCCAUGUUUUCCCCCAGCGUUAUCCCACCUGACCAACACCCGAGCACCGGCGGCCAUGGAUCCGCAGCACUGGAGGCGUCUUGAGCUCGGGAACCUUUCCGACUGUCCCAAUGGCUCCCGCUGGGUGAUGGAUGUGUUCAAUGAGUGUGCCCAGGACGGCCGGGACAUCGCCAGUGUCGUCCUGGGGCUGGUUUCCAUCUUCUGCUUUGCAGCUGCCUCCUUCCCGCAGUUUUACCAAGCCUGCAAAACGGGCAUCAUGGACCGGGCUCUCUCCAUAUAUUUCCUGCUGGGAUGGCUAGGCGGAGACCUCCUAAACCUCAUCGGUUCCUUUCUGGCUCAUCAGUUACCCCUGCAGGUUUACACAGCUAUUUACUAUGUGCUCGCAGACCUGGUGAUGUUGGCUCUCUACUGCUACUACAAAGUGAAGAACCGGGGUGGAGGAUUCACUGGCCAUAUCAACGCAGCCUUCCUCUUCCUUUCCCUGGGGACACUGUCUACUGUCUCCUUCCUGGGCAGAGGUGCUGCCGUGGCACAGGACCCAGUGCUGUUCAAAGGAAGGUCCCUGCUCUCCACUCAUGUGGGUGAGCUGGUGCCAGAGCCUUUCACCAGGAGCGAGAUCAUUGGCUUCACAAUUGGCUCUGUCUCCUCUGUGCUGUACCUGUGCUCCCGAGUCCCCCAGAUCUACACGAAUUACAAGAGGAAGUCCACCAUCGGGAUCUCCUACUCCCUCUUUGCCCUGGUGAUGCUCGGGAACUCGCUCUACGGCCUCAGUGUCCUCCUGAAGAACCCUGAGCCAGGGCAAAGUGAAGGGGACUACGUCCUGCACCACCUCCCCUGGCUGGUGGGCAGCCUGGGUGUCCUUUCCCUGGACGUGGUUAUCUCCUUCCAGUUCCUUGCUUAUCGGGGAGGAAAACCUGGCACCCAUGAAGAGAGGGGUGCUCUUCUCGGCGAGCAGGGGGACAGCCUGGAGAGCUGACAGAGGGACCUACCCUGGAGGGAGAAGAGGAGGAUGCAGACACAAAAGCUGACCCCAACGCUGGGCAAACCAGCUCCUCCACCCUGGCAGCUCUUGGGAGAAGAGGACUUGAGCCAGGGGGUGACAUGUGCUGCUAAAGCCCAGCUGGGUGGCAGAGGGUACUGCUGAGGGACCUUGUGCCUCUUUGAUACCAAUGAUGCUAUUGGGAUAAACAGGGAAUAACUUAAGUACCUCAGAAGGUUGCUCAUCGUAGCUCUUACAGCUGAGCCCAGUCACUUCUCUUUAUCUGCUGCCUCUGGGGUGAUCUGGAGCUUUCUCAGUGCUGUCAAACAUGAGAAGAGCUUGAGGGGCUGUGGGGAGAGGAUGGAGAUGUGCGACCCACCAUAACCAUUUACCUCUGUGGGCCUUGUGUCUCCACUGCCUCUUUCUAGAAGAUACCUCAGUGAGUGGGCCCAGUUCAGAAGGAGGGAGGGAAGGAGCAGCGUAACCAAAGUGUUUCACUCCACACAAACCUGUUUGAAUUAGCACGGCUCAUGUCUAUAAACCAAGUCCUUGCC